ACCCAGACCAAGACUCUUUCUUGUUCCUCAACCUUCAACUCUCUCUCUCUCUCUCUCUCUCUCUGUAGAGAGAGUUAUGGGCAGCUCGGGUCCUCGCUUUCCCGUCACCUACAAGAGCCUCUCUUUGGAUAUUAAGGGGAAUAAAACAGAUGUAGUCCUUUGCAGUUAUGAUGAUCAUUUUCUUGUUAUUGCAACUCAAAUAGGAGCUAUGGGGACAAUACUGCAUGCCAGGAAGGAGGAAGGGGUAUCAAUUGAGCCAACAUUCAACGUGUCUGCAAUAUUUGGCAAACGAGACGAGCCAAUGCUACUGGCAUGUGCUCGUCAAUUAAUUGAACACAUCAGCGUCUCUGGCUCUUCCAAGCCGUUGGUUCUCUCUCUAGGACUCAAGGACCAUUCUGCGGAGACACUGAAGGAAAUUGCUUCUGCUGUGAUUGAGAACCGCCUGUGGUAGGGAUAAUGUAGCUUGACCUUAAGUAUUUUGCUUGAAGCCUCUGAUAUUGUUUUCAUUCCCCAGGACACAACCUUGCAGCAUUUUGCAGAUUGAUAGUUGCUUUUUUGUAACAUAUUAAUACUAAAUCAACAAUGCCUAAAUGCAGAAUUCUCUUACAUCCUA